CCGGUUCACAAGGCUCCUGUCAAGGGUGCCAAAAAGACACUGGACCCUAGUGAGGUGAACAGCAUGAUCCAACACAAAAUCUCGCAAUUGGAGACGAAUCUCAGUCAGGAGGAACAGGAAGAGCGCGAGAUUGCAAGGGAAGUGCAGAAGGCGAACAAGGAGUUGACGCAACUGCUGUCGACGCACGAUGACCAGCUGGAAAAGAUUAAUGUCAUUCAGCGCAAAUACAGUUCCUUGUUACAAGAUAUGCAUCGUUUGGAGAGGGAGCACGUCAGAGCGAAGGCGAAGUCGGAACAAAUGCAAAAGGAGAAGGAUGCGGCCAAGGGUGAGAUGAACAAGGCGCUGGGGAUGAAGCAUAAGCUUGAGGCACUCUGUCGUGAACUGCAGAAGGAAAACAAGCGGAUCAAGGAUGAGAGUAAACGCUUGGCACAAUCGGAGCAGGAAAAGCGGGAAGAGCUGUCGACAAAGUUUGAAAGCACCAUAUGGGAGAUCAAGUCGAAAAUGGAGGAAGAUACGGAUGAAAAGCACAAACGUCGCCUUGAGGACAAUGAGUUCUUGAAGGAAAAGUUCAAGAGCUUUCUUGAGCAGUACGAGCUUCGUGAAACGCACUUCCAUGCGGUCCUUCGCGCGAAAGACCUCGAGCUUCAGCUCAAUCAAGCACGUGCUGAACAACAGCGUCGUAUCGCCGAGUCUGAAUCAUCUCGUGCUAAGACUCUUCAUGCUCAAGUGUCAACGUUCAGUCAGACCGAGACCGAAUUGCGUAGCCAGUUAAAUAUCUACGUGGAGAAAUUCAAGCAAGUGGAGGAUACGCUCAACAACUCAAAUGAUCUAUUUUUGACGUUCAGGAAAGAGAUGGAGCAGAUGACGAAGAAGACAAAGAAGUUGGAGAAGGAAAAUGCAGCGAUUAGGGCUCAGAGUGAAACCUUGAAGAAGAAUAUUCUUGAGCUCGCUGAGGAGCGCACGAGGCACCAAAAGGAACUCGAAGCAGGUCGCAAGAAGCACCAGAAGCUCGAGAAUCUCUGUCGUGCCCUCCAAGCCGAACGUACAGCUCUGGAAUCGAAGCUC